UAGCCAUGCGCGCGCUGUCGGUGAGCCUGUGCCUCGCGCUGCUGGUGCUGCUGCCGGUGGUGCGCGCGUGCGGCCCGGGCCGCGGUUACGGCCGGCGGAAACACCCGAAGAAGCUGAGUCCGCUCGCCUACAAGCAGUUCAUCCCCAACGUGGCGGAGAAGACGCUGGGCGCGAGCGGGCGCUACGAGGGCAAGAUCACGCGCAACUCCGAGCGCUUCAAGGAGCUCACGCCCAACUACAACCCGGACAUCAUCUUCAAGGACGAGGAGAACACCGGGGCGGACCGCCUCAUGACCCAGAGAUGCAAAGACAAGCUGAACUCGCUGGCGAUCUCGGUGAUGAACCAGUGGCCGGGAGUUAAGCUGCGCGUGACCGAAGGCUGGGACGAAGACGGACACCAUUUCGAGGAGUCGCUUCACUACGAGGGCCGAGCAGUGGACAUCACCACGUCCGACCGGGACAAAAGCAAAUACGGCACUCUGUCGCGCUUAGCCGUGGAGGCCGGGUUCGACUGGGUGUACUACGAGUCCAAAGCUCACAUCCACUGCUCCGUUAAAGCUGAGAACUCCGUGGCAGCGAAGUCGGGUGGCUGUUUUCCCGGCUCGGCUCGCGUGCGCCUGAAGGAUGGAGCGACGAAGCAGGUGAAGGACCUGAAGGCGGGAGAUAAGGUCUUGGCAGCAGACGGGUUCGGGAACCUCGUCUACAGUGAGUUUAUCAUGUUUGUGGACCGCGACAGUGCCAGGAGACGAGCGUUCCGCAUCAUCGAAACCAGGAACCCAGCGAUGAGGAUCGCGCUGACCGCUGCACACCUGCUCUUCGUCGUCCAGAACUCCACGCUGACCGAGACAUUCGCCAGCGACGUCACGCCAGGACAGGAAGUGAUGAUACUGGACGAGGCAGGAAGGCGUCUUCGUGCAGUCACGGUGGAUCGGAUUUACGAAGAAGAACGCGAGGGAUCCUUCGCGCCGCUCACGGGUCACGGCACCAUCGUGGUGGACGACGUCCUCGCUUCCUGUUACGCCGCAGUACAGAACCAGAAGCUGGCACACUUAGCGUUCACGCCCGUUCGCUUUGUCCACAAGGUGGCACCGUUUUUGUUCAACAGGUCUCUCCAGAAUGACGGUGUGCACUGGUACUCUGACUUUCUGUACCAAAUUGGGACACGGAUUUUAGGUGAAGCUGCCUUUCAUCCACUCAGCAUGGAGGACAAGAGCUGAAAAAAAAAAUGUCUAUAUACAUAUAUAAAUAGAUAUGAAUAUCAAAGACUAAUGUAGGACACAAGACAAUAUUAGAGUAUAAAUAAAAAGAGAGAAACGGGCCCCCCUUUCUGGAAGAGGAAAAAAAGGAGGAAUAUUUAUUAUUUUACAGACACCAUCUCAUAAAAAUGGAAAAAAAAGAAAGAAACGGAGCCUUAAAAGUGUCCUGAAUAAUUUAUUCACAUGUGAACUCGGGCUGCUGAUCUCUCUCUCUCUAUCUGUCUCUCUCUGUCUCUCUCUCUUGCACACUCACCCACACUCACCCACCCACACUUACACACACACACACACACACACACACACACACUCACGCAAAGGAUUGUGUUUCAGCAUAUGUGUGUACCAUCCGGAUGUGCAAAAUCUAUUUUUGUAUACUUCAAGAAGAAAAGAAAAAUGAAUGAAAAAAGUGCCACUAAGGCAUGUGCCGAUCGUUCCAAAUUCAACCAGGGGGCGGGGCUUAACUUAAUUGAUGUGGAAUUGAAGCUAAGUAUCAUUAGGCUGACUGUAACUGUGUCUGUUGAAGCCAGCAGUUUGUGCUAAGACGUUCGACGAGCCGAAUAAGUGAAAAGAUGUCAUACGUUGUCUCAAAUUUAACUUAAGCCCCGCCCCUUUUUUUGGCCUAAUUAGUGUUCUCAUUCAAAUUUCUCCAAAGUAAAAGAUUUUAAAACGCUGCCUCCCAGGUAACAUCCCAAAUAACGCCGUUAUUUGUUAAAGUUAUAUUAUCGGCACAUGCCUGCGUGCGUCUGACUGACUGACUGUUAUAUAUAUUUUUGGGGAUUGGGGGGGGUCCAUAAAUUAUAUUUUUAUACACAGAAUUGUAAAUUAGAUUUUGACUGUUCGAUCGUUGCCGAAUCACUUGAAAUAGUGUAAAUUAUGAGAAUAUAUUUUAAUUUAA